AUGCGUGUCUAUAGUGUGACAACAAAUUCCUUCGACGAGCGGCUGGUCGAUUCCAAGCAACCUCUUAAUCUUGCCAUUCUAUCCCAUGCUAUUGGCACUUCUUUCUCUUCCAGCAUUCAACCAGCCUCGGAAGUUGCCAUUAAAUACGGCGCCACGUGCCUCUGGGAGUUUUCAAUCUGCAUCGACCACACUUCCAGCUCUGACGUUGACCAAGCUGUUACAGAAUGCUACUCGCGGCUGAAAGGCGCACUAGUCUGCCUGGUCUACCUUCAUGAUCUCCCGGUGCUGAGUUCAUCUAUCGACGGAGAUGCUUGGAAAUCAUGCAGAUACUGGACCAGAGCUUGGCCCUUAGCCGAGUUCGUGGUGCCCAAGAGAGUAGAAAUCUUCGACUCCCAGUGGAAUCACCGCGGGAGCAAAGGCUCCACGGAGCUUCUGCCCCUUCUAUCGGGAAUCACGAAAAUACCCAAGCGUGUUCUCCAAGAUCCAGAGACAAUGCUAGACACGCCGGCCAGCCUUCGGAUAUCUUGGGGCAGCAACAGGGACACGAGUCAACCAGAAGAUAUAGCCUAUGCUCUCAUGCCAAUUCUGGGUAUCAACAUCCCAACGCGUUACGGAGAAGGCUCUACUGAAGCCUUCCUACGACUUCAGAAGGCGUUUCUUCAUAAGUCUCUCGAUGCCUCUAUUCUUUUCUGGUCACACGGCCAGCAAGAGGCGAUCGACCGACUUCUUGCACAGUCUCCGGCUGAGUUUACACAUACCGCUACAGAGGGCGCUCCCAACACCACUUCAUCAUAUCCGACACUCCAAGUGAGCUAUGAUUGGGAUUGGGAAAUUAUCGACGAUAACCAAACGAAGCCCUCUCCCAAAGGGGCUCUAAUUGAUAAUGUUCCAAUCAGGCCAAAGGAUGUUCUAUCCGGCGCCGAGAAGGAGGAUCACCAAUUACAGCAUACAUCAUUUCGGAUUACGGGCAUCAAACGCAAAAGAUCUCCCAACUCAGUCACUGCAGUUGAGACUGAUCAAAAUACAUCACGGGCACAUUAUGAUAACUUUGAGCAGGAGGAAUACGGAUGGGACGAUGUCUUUUCUGAUAGUGACAGCGAUAGCGACUGUAGCUGUCACUGCCACUCCCAAUUUUACUAUACUGAAGAAGUGGACUCAGAAGAUUAUGUACUCGAUCCCUCUCACGAGCUUCAUGGGCUACGGCUGGAUAUUGUGGAGUCCGCGUUUGAUGUCAUUCGGAGAAAACUGGAGGUGGCUGUCUACAAUGCUCCCCCCGAUGACAGGCUUCCUCCAAAAAAGCGAUUAAAGACGGCAAGUUGGGAGACAUCUUAUGAUGAAAGAAAACCAAUCGCAUCUCGAAUCAAGGGCUACUUUCACUUGGCUUGCCCGUUCUAUAUCACCAACCCCACAAGAUAUCAAGGAUGUCUCCUCCAGCAUGAUUUGCAGUCGAUUGAGGACGUGAUAAGGCACGUCAGUGAGCACCACACGGAGCCACCUUAUUGUCCAAUAUGUAGGCGGGAGUUUGAGCGAGCUUCCACGCGAGACAUUCAUGUCCGAGAAAGGGCCUGUACUCCGUCCACAGGAGACGUGGACGGUGUGAAUGAUCGCCAAAAACGUAUGUUGGUGAAGAAGGACAAGAUUCAAAUGGGGGAACGGAAGAGGUGGGCGCGAAUAUGGCGUACGGUGUUUCCAAAUAGGAAACUCGAGAACAGUCCGUACUUGAACAAUGGUCUGGGCCGCAAUAUAUCUAUACUCAGGGAUUACUGGGUAUCAAAUGGUUAUGAUACAGUUAUGGAGUUUCUCGGUAGAAUGGGGAUUUCGGACGGUUUUGAACUACAAGAUAUCAAGGCGCUCUCUAAGAUUUGUCUAGAGGACCUUGUAAAGAGGCUGGCUGCAACGGACGAUCUUUCCUUGGGUAAUACUCACACAUCCUGA